AUGGAGGAGCGGGAGCGGGGGGCGAGGUCGGUUCGCGCCGAGAGUCCGGCGCGCCCGCUUAGCCCGCGGCUGGAUGUCAGUUCUGACAGCUUCGACCCGCUGCUGGCCCUGUACUCGCCCCGCCUGCCGCCCAUCCCCUACCCGAACGCACCGUGCUUCAACAACUUGGCCGAGUACGAGAGCUUCCUGAAGACCGGGUGCAGGGCGGGCGGGCGCGGACGGGCGCGGGGCGCGGCCGCAGGCUCGGGGGGCCCCGCCGGCUCCAGUCUCCCCGCCGUCCCCGCUGCUUCCGGGUCCAUGGGCAGGACCCGCCGCCGCCGAAAUGCGCCCACCCCGGACCCCGAACGUAUCCAGCGCCUCCGCCGCCUUAUGGUGGCCAAGGAAGAAGAGGACGGGGCCGCCGGGGCUCCCCGGCGGGGUCGCGGUCGGAGCCAGAAGGCGCCGCGCAAUGUGCUCACGCGUAUGCCCUUGCAUGAGGGCAGCCCUCUGGGUGAGCUCCAUCGUUGUAUCCAGGAGGGAGUGAAGGUGAACGUUCAUAUCCGCACUUUCAAGGGACUUCGGGGUGUCUGUACAGGUUUCCUCGUUGCAUUUGACAAAUUCUGGAAUAUGGCACUUACUGAUGUGGAUGAGACGUACCGAAAACCCGUUCUGGGCAAAGCAUAUGAACGGGAUUCUUCACUGACUCUUACUAGGCUGUUUGAUAGACUAAAACUUCAAGAUUCCUCCAAGAAGGAAGCAGAUUCUAAAUCUGCAGUUGAAGAUUCUACUCUGUCCAGAUACUCCCAGACAUCCACUUGGAAGGUGGCGUCAGUGUGGGGAAGAGGAGACACCGAUCGAGGGUCACGCAAGCGUUCCCGCUCCAUCCCUUCUUCCCUUCAGGCAUCAGGAAGGGAGGAAUCCAGGUCAGAGCUAUCAGGGAGAACUACACGGACAGAAGAGUCCAGUCCUGGAGGAACCUUUUCCAGGGCUACCACCCUUUCCAGGGGCCAGCCCCGUAAGAAAAAGCAAAAGCCCAAAGUGGAUUACCAGCAGGUGUUCACUCGACACAUUAAUCAGAUUUUCAUUCGAGGUGAGAAUGUCCUGCUCGUUCAUCUUGCACAGUGA